AUGUCUGGGAGCUAUGCAUCUGCCAGCAACAACAGGCGAGCGAGCCAUGGAACUUCCCCAAAGACCAGGGACCCCGUCGUGCGAGAGAGGCCAGCAGGCAUCCGACAGGCAGAAGCGCCGGGGGCAUCAAGCUCGCUAUCCAUGAAGAAAGCUCAUGAGGUGCCUGUCAGCACGGCAAACCUGCAGCACAUCGAAGAGGCAGCCAAGUCGGGGUUGGGCAGGCGAACCUCCCUGCCAAGUCGUGCAAAGGCACAUGCUCGCGCUGACGGCGCUGCAGGAGCAGUCGCCAGCCGUGGGCGGAAGGCAAGCCCAACAAGCAAACUCACGCAAGCAAAGGAGGCCAGUGCGCCAGUUGAAGUGGGCAAGAAUUUGCUCGGACUGGAUUUUGCCUUGCUGGCGCAAAGAGCCGCACCCAGCUCCAAGAAUCGACUUGAACAGAUUCUUCAGCAACUAAGUGACGAGAUCAGCAAGAUUGCAUCCCAGCCUGAUGAUGACCGUAAACGCUCUUGUGAGUCAUAUUCUUAUGCUCAACAUCCAGCGACUUCCCAGUCCGAUGAAGGUGAAGGCUCAGCCGACACAGCAAGUGCUGCUACCACAAUUCCAAUGCACCACCCGAGCAUCGAGAGCAGGAUCGUGGAGCGCCUUUGUGACAAAGUCCAGGGCAUGCACAGUGCCUUGCAGCAGCGAGACUUGCAGUCAACCUACCAUGGCGAACAGGUCAGUUUGGAUGAUGCAGCUGGUCUUCACAAAGUGGAUGCACAUCGAUUGACGCAGCUGGAGAGCCUGAUCAGCAGCCUGCAGGCCAAAGUUGAGACCUUGCCACGCUACGAGUUUCCGGAGGCACAGUCAGUUCGGAACGAUCGGCUUCGCGUCGAAACGAGCGAGCUGCAGCAGCAAAAGGAUGCUCUGAUGGCGGAGGUUAUGCAGCUGCAAAGGCAGAAGCAGGCGCUGAGCACUCAGGGUGCAUCGGGUGCAAGGUUGUGCGGAAUUCCAGCAACCCCCAUUGCCGCUGCAUCAUCGAGUGUGCCGGCGGGACGAGAAGUUAGAGGGCAGGCGGGCAAUGUUUUGAUUCCGCAACUGCGGUUGGGUCAGCUGAGCGAUGUGGCUUCCAGUGUUUCCCCACCCCAGUCAGGAAGGGCAGACAACCAAGCAAAGACUCUGUCGCUCCCUGUGGGUUGCUCUUUUGCAGUGCCCUCACCACGUGGACCUGUUCCCGAGCCUUGCUCUGCCCGAGCGCCACAGGCAGUGCCGCAGGCAGUCUUGGCCAUCGGAGGCAGUCCGCCGCCGGUGCGCUGGGCGCACGCCCCUGCCAUGGUCCAGGCUCCCUGUGUCCCAUAUAUGCUGCUGCACACGCACCGUGCAGUAACGCCUUCCCAGUCCACGGCUUUAGGCCAUCCGGAUAUGAGGGAUUUUCGAUGGACUUACCAGACCCCACAGCAAGCGCCGCAUGGGACUAUGACUAUGGGACGCAGAUGA